GCCGGCGAGAGACCGUGACAGACACAGAGACAGUCAGAGACCCCGAAACCCCAACCCCCGCCCCCGCCUCCGCCCCCGUCUCGAUGGGGCCCCCCGGGCCGACCGCAGCCACCCGGGAGGGGAGGACGGGACCGUCGCCGCCGCAGGCCCGAAGGGAGGAGGACGCGACCCCCGAGCCCCGCCAGCCGCUCGCGCAGACCUGAGACCCCCGAGACCCCCGGCGGUGGGAGGCGGCGCCCGGGAGGCGGGGACGGUGCGCGGGGCCUGCGGAGGACGCGCCCAGACAAAGAGCCCCCGCCCCUGGCGCGGCGUCUGGGCUGCGGCGUCCGGGCGCGCGCGGGGGUCUCCGGGCCGGACCCUCCCCCUCCCCCUUCCCGGCUCCCGGCCCCGCCCCACGGAGGAGACGCGCUUUGUGCUGGGCGCCGGCCGCGCCAGCCACGGCCUGCGGCGCCCGCGGCACCAUGGUCUCCACCAAGGAGAAGAACAAGAUCCCGAAGGACAGCAUGACGCUUCUGCCCUGCUUCUACUUCGUGGAGCUACCCAUAGUGGCUUCUUCCAUCGUAUCCCUGUACUUCCUGGAGCUGACCGACCUCUUCAAGCCGGCCAAGGUGGGCUUCCAGUGCUAUGACCGCACUCUCUCCAUGCCCUACGUGGAGACCAACGAGGAGCUCAUCCCGCUGCUGAUGCUGCUCAGCUUGGCCUUCGCGGCCCCUGCCGCCUCGAUCAUGGUGGCCGAGGGCAUGUUGUACUGUCUGCAGUCCCGGCUGUGGGGCCGUGCCGGAGGGCCCGCUGGGGCGGAGGGCAGCAUCAACGCCGGCGGCUGCAACUUCAACUCCUUCCUGCGGCGUACCGUGCGGUUUGUGGGUGUCCACGUGUUCGGCCUGUGUGCCACAGCCCUGGUGACGGACGUGAUCCAGCUGGCCACGGGUUACCACACUCCCUUCUUCCUCACCGUUUGCAAGCCCAACUACACUCUCCUGGGCACGUCCUGCGAGGUCAACCCCUACAUCACGCAGGACAUCUGCUCCGGCCACGACACCCACGCCAUCCUGUCUGCAAGGAAGACCUUCCCGUCCCAGCACGCCACGCUGUCAGCCUUCGCUGCUGUCUACGUGUCGAUGUACUUCAACUCAGUCAUCUCGGACACCACCAAGCUGCUGAAGCCCAUCCUGGUCUUCGCCUUUGCCAUCGCUGCAGGCGUGUGCGGGCUCACACAGAUCACGCAGUACCGCAGCCACCCGGUGGACGUGUAUGCCGGCUUCCUCAUCGGGGCGGGCAUCGCUGCCUACCUGGCCUGCCACGCGGUGGGCAACUUCCAGGCCCCACCUGCAGAGAAGCCCGCGGCCCCGGCCCCCGCCAAGGACGCGCUGCGGGCCCUGACGCAGAGGGGCCACGACUCGGUUUAUCAGCAGAAUAAGUCGGUGAGCACCGACGAGCUGGGGCCCCCAGGGCGGCUGGAGGGCGCGCCCCGGCCCGUGGCCCGCGAGAAGACCUCGCUGGGCAGCCUGAAGCGCGCCAGCGUGGACGUGGACCUGCUGGCCCCGCGCAGCCCCAUGGCCAAGGAGAACAUGGUGACCUUCAGCCACACGCUGCCCAGAGCCAGCGCACCCUCGCUGGACGACCCCGCGCGCCGCCACAUGACCAUCCACGUGCCGCUGGACGCCUCGCGCUCCAAGCAGCUCAUCAGCGAGUGGAAGCAGAAGAGCCUGGAGGGCCGCGGCCUGGGGCUGCCCGACGACGCCAGCCCCGGGCACCUGCGCGCGCCCGCCGAGCCCAUGGCGGAGGAGGAGGAAGAGGAGGAGGAGGAGGAGGAAGAGGAGGAGGAGGAAGAGGAGGAGGACGAGGGCCCGGCCCCGCCCUCGCUCUACCCCACCGUGCAGGCGCGGCCGGGGCUGGGGCCUCGGGUCAUCCUCCCACCGCGCGCGGGGCCGCCGCCGCUGGUGCACAUCCCGGAGGAGGGCGCGCAGGCGGGGGCCGGCCUGUCCCCCAAAAGCGGCGCCGGGGUGCGCGCCAAGUGGCUCAUGAUGGCCGAGAAGAGCGGGGCGGCCGUGGCCAACCCUCCGCGGCUGCUGCAGGUCAUCGCCAUGUCCAAGGCUCCGGGCGCGCCGGGCCCCAAGGCGGCCGAAACGGCGUCGUCGUCCAGCGCCAGCUCCGACUCCUCGCAGUACCGGUCGCCGUCGGACCGCGACUCCGCCAGCAUCGUGACCAUCGACGCGCACGCGCCGCACCACCCCGUGGUGCACCUGUCGGCCGGCGGCGCGCCCUGGGAGUGGAAGGCGGCGGGCGGCGGGGCCAAGGCGGAGGCCGACGGCGGCUACGAGCUGGGGGACCUGGCGCGCGGCUUCCGCGGCGGGGCCAAGCCCCCGGGCGUGUCCCCCGGCUCGUCGGUCAGCGACGUGGACCAGGAGGAGCCGCGGUUCGGGGCCGUGGCCACCGUCAACCUGGCCACGGGCGAGGGGCUGCCCACGCUGGGCGCGGCCGAUGGGGCGCUGGGCCCGGGCAGCCGGGAGUCCACGCUGCGGCGCCACACGGGCGGCCUGGGGCUGGCGGAGCGCGAGGCGGAGGCCGAGGCCGAGGGCUACUUCCGCAAGAUGCAGGCGCGCCGCUUCCCCGACUAGCGCGGCGGGGCCGGGGGCGGGCGGGGGGCGGGCCGGGGGCGCGGGCGGCAGCGCGGAUGCUCAAUAAAGCGGCAGAAACCGA